AAUGAUCAAUCAUUCAUCAUUCGACAUUCAUCGCUAAAGCUAAACCUUGAUUAAAAUAAAUAUAAGACUACCUAAAAACCAGAACAAAAAGCCAGUAAUCAAUAUCCUUACAAAAAAUUCAGCAUUAUGUUGGAAACAUAAGAUUUCCUGAACUGGAUUUAACUUGUACCAUUCCUUAUUGUCAAAGGAUUUGGCAUUUAAUUAUGUUAAGGUCAUUCAGUUCAACAGAUAUCUGCGAUUAAAUUUUUUUCAAUUUGAAUAAUCCAAUAAAUAACAAGCAAUCACGAUUAAAAAAUGACGUUGAUUGAAGGAAUAGGUGAUGAAGUAAUACAAUUUUUUAUAGGAUUAUUUUUUAUUUUGAUUGUGUUUUUAGCAUGGUGCACAACAAACACCUCAAACGACGGAAGCUUGAGGACAGUUUUCCUAUUAGAACGUCGACGACUAAGAGCUGUCAGAAGGCUGAUAACCCAUACAGAAUCUUCUACAAUUGUUGAAGGUACUUCUGUGGACAAUUCUGAAAUAAAUCAAAGUAAUUCUACAAUGGAAGAGGAGAAACCAACUAGUACAAGUGCUGAUGAUGAAAACCAAACAUUACAAGGAGAAGAAACCAGGAUAGUAGAAGCUAUGGAUGCUCCUAAUAGUAUAGAAACUAAUGGAUUAAGGAGAAGAGUAAAUCUUAAUUUAAAUUCUGAUCUGUCAAACAAUUUAACAAGUGAUGGUGAUAAUUCUAUAAAUACAAGUCAAAAUGAUACAACCAAAGCUCCUUCAGAGUGUUUAGAACCUAAUAUCCAAGCAAGUAGUAGUAAGAAUGAAGAAGACAAAAAGGGAAGUGAAAAAAUAUGUGUUAAAUUGAAAUUUGUAACAGAUGAGCUGAGAGUGGUAGAUGGUAGUUUAAAAGAAAACAUAGGAGACUUCAAGAGGCGCCAUUUUCAAAUAGAACUGGCAUCUAACAAAGUCGUCAAGCUUAUAUUCAAUGGUCAAAUCUUGCAAAGAGAUUCAGACACUUUACAAACUUGUGGCCUUUUCGACAACUGUGUUGUUCACUGUGUCUUUCUUCCUGGCACAAACUCCUCACCGGGAACAACUUCAGGGAAUAGAAAUAAUAGUUUGGUACAUUUUGGUGAUAACCCAAAUUUAAAUAACAAUAACCAACCAAAUGAAUGGCAUUUGGAAAAUUAUCUUUUUGCAAUUUUAUGUUGUUUUUUGGGAGCUGCUUGGUACUUAAGGUAUGUAUAUUCUCACCUCUACACAGUUACCGCAACAAUAGGGCUUAUUCUGAUGACAGGAAUAUUUACAAUUAUUAUGUUUGGUAUGCAUUUUCCCGAAAAUGCUGAGUUAAAUCAGCAACGUACAGAGAAUAUUGAAACACAUCAAUGAUGAUAUAUUUGAUUCGUAUUUGUUGAUAUUUAUAAGGCUUGUGUAUUGAUUUUUAAGUUGAUCAUUUUAUCUAGAAUAAGAACAGAAUAUUAUGUUAUUAUUUAAUUUUUUAUAACUGUUAUUUUUACAGUUUAUGAAAUUCAUUAAAGAUUUUUGCAUUAAAAAAAUCUUUGUUA